AUGGAAAACACCAACGUUACCAUGAUCAGUGACUUGACACUUGCACAAGAUGACUACACGAUCAAGGUUCGAAUCAUUCGUCUGUGGAAACAGAUUCGUAUGAUUGGAAUGAUAUUGAUGGACGAAAGGGGCGCCAAAAUUGAAUGUAAUGUGGAUAAACCAUUUUCAUACCUACAAGGAAAUAAUUUGGAAGAAUACGGUGAUUACUACAUUCAAAAACCCACAAUAGGGUUAAAUAAUGGUGUUAUAAAGUUUGUUGAUGGUCCACAUAAACUCUAUUUCCAGUAUAGCACUAAGGUUAUUAAAUGCAAAGACUUUUGUGGCCCCCGGAAUUCCUUUGCUUUCAUUGAUUUCAAACAACUUCAUUCUAAUUCGAUCCAAGCCAAUUUGUCAUUUGAUAUUAUAGGAAACGUUUUCCAAUGUUUUCCAUUGGAACCUCCAAAAGACAAACAGGAGCAGAAAAUCACACUAAAAAUGGAGGAUUUAGAAGGACAUGAAGUUUUUGUUACUCUAUGGGGACGUUAUGCAGAUGAAAUUGUUGCAUAUGUUUCAAAGCAUCAUGGUCAUUUUGUAAUGAUUAUUCAACUUGCUAAAUUCAAGAAAAUCCGAGAGCGUCCAUAUGUCAACAACACCUACUUAGCUACAAAGCUUUUUAUUGAGGACAACAUUGUCGAGAUAACUGCUUUCAAAAAAAGUUUACAAGCAAGAAAAACCUCUUCGUGUUCUUCGGUCUCACGUGCAUCGGGAUCAUCAAUCAUGUAUUCACUACAUGAUGAUUUUCUUCAAAAGAACUCCUUUUACAAAAUAUCGACUAUUCACGAAUUGAAUGAGGGAAAUUGUGCGGUAAUUCUUGGAACAAUAAAGAUGUUUGAAGAUAUGCGGACUUGGUACUAUAAUGCGUGUACAAAAUGCAAGUCAAAGGUUAUUUUAAUGGAUGUUCCAAAUGAGGCGGUCAAUGACUUGGACCGCUUUGAAGAGAAAAAGAUGAUGUUUUGUCCAAAAAAAGAUUGCAAAGGCAAAGAUGUUAUUGCUGAACCAAGUUACAUGAUCAAAGUUCGAGUUCAAGGUUUAGUUGGAGUGGUCAGUCUUACAAUGUUUGAUCGUGAAGUAAGAAACCUUCUGAAAAUAUCUGCUGCUGAAUUAAUAUCAAAAUAUGAAAGGGCGAAUGAUGAUUCACCAAUUUCCACAUGA